UCAGAAGGGCAGCGGUGCAUCUCCUGGACGGGACGCCUCCUGAAGGGAAGCCGCUUUACCGAAGUGCUCUAAGUGCACCCGACUCCAGACUUCCGUCGGCGUUCUGUGGGCGGGCGUGGGGUGCACGGGCCCGGCGCCUCCCGCCCGCCUCGGCUCCGGCUCCGACGCCGGUCUCCAGUUCCGGUCGCCGGCUAUUCUCGACGGCCCGUAGGCGGUGUCGGCGCGCGCGCGCGCGGCGCGGCGCCCCUGUAUCGAGCGGCGGCGUGCCGUCGCUGCCGGCGGACUCAGUAGCGGAGCGCCGGGCGUCGUCUGAGGCGCGGCUGGAGGGACGACGGCGGCGGCCUGCCCAGUGCCGAGACACGAGCCGAGCGAGGCCGCUGGCCACGCUGGCGUUCAUGGUGGCAGCCGAGCGCGGUCGAAGGCAGUUGCAGGGCCAGUUAUCGGUUGACACUGCCGACCCAGUCGGGCGCGCUCCAGUCGGGUGUAUGUCACCGGCCUCCCGUCUUCGUGACCGACCCAGCCAACGCAGGAGCAGUCUGAACAUCUCUGAGCAGAUAGCUCGACUCGGCCACUGGCCAUCUUUGACCGUCUCGUGACUCGCCGCCGGAGCCGACUCAGUCCUGAACACCAGCCGCCUACCGACGCCGCCGCCACGCCGCCCAAACCAUGGCGCUCAACGUCAACACCAGCGUCACCGAUGUCUUCUACCGCUACAAGAUGCCGCGCCUCUUGGCCAAGGUCGAGGGCAAGGGAAACGGCAUCAAGACGGUGGUGGUGAACAUGAGUGAGGUGGCCAAGGCACUCUGUCGCCCGCCCUCCUACCCGUGCAAGUACUUUGGCUGUGAGCUGGGAGCCCAGACGCUGAUGGACGCCAAGAACGACCGCUACAUCGUGAACGGCGCGCACGACGCGUCCAAGCUGCAGGAGAUGUUGGACGGCUUCAUCCGCAAGUUUGUGCUGUGUCCGAGCUGCGACAACCCGGAGACGGUGCUGCAGGUUCGCGAGAAGAAGGGUGUGAUCGGCCAGUCGUGCAAGGCGUGCGGCUACCAGGGUAUGCUGGACAUGCGCCACAAGCUGACCACGUUCAUCCUGAAGAACCCGCCCGACGCUGACCCCAACGCUGCCGGGAAGUCGCUCACCAAAAAGGCGGCCAAGAAGGGUAAGAAGGGCAAGUCGAACGGCGAGGACAAGGGCAGCGACCACUCGGAGGACGGCGACGAUCAGCUGGAGGGAUGGUCCACGGACGCGCCCGCCAAGCCGGAGCUGGACGACGACUGGUCGGUGGACGUGUCGGAGGAGGCCGUUCAGCGGCGACAAGCAGAGCUCACAGACGGCGUCAAGGGGCUCACCAUCAACGACGACCUCGAGAAGGCGGAAAAGGACCGACUGGAGAUCUUCUACAAGUACGUGCUACAGCGGCGCGACGCCGGCCAGCUCACCGGCCACGAGAAGAGCGUCCUGGCCGAGGCCGAGCGGCUGGACGUCAAGGACAAGGCGCCGCUGGUGCUGUCCGAGCUGCUGUUCAACGACGCCAUCAUCAGCCAGAUCACCCAGUACCGCGUCCUGCUCCUCAGAUUCACGCACGAGAACAAGAAGGCACAGAAGUACCUGGUGGGCGGCAUGGAGCAGGUCAUCAACCUGUACAAGGACCAGCUGCUCCCCAAGGUGCCGCACAUCCUUAAGAGGCUGUACGACUUGGACGUGCUGGAUGAGGAGGUGCUGCUCGAGUGGGCCAAGAAGCCCAGCAAGAAGUACGUGAGCCGCGAGCUCAGUGAGGAGAUGCACACGCGCGCGGCGCCGUUCAUCACGUGGCUGCGCGAGGCCGAGGAGGAGUCCGACUCGGAGUCCGAGGAGGACGACGUCGAGAUCACCUACGACGACCGCGCGCGCGAGAUCAAGGUGGAGAAGGCGGCGCCGGCGCCGGCCACCAAAACGGCCGCCGAGCCGGCAGAGGAGGAAGGCCACGAGGACAUCGACAUCGACGACAUCUAGAGUCGGUGUCCCGAGCGGCGGCGGCCGUCUGCCGGGCGCCGGCGGCCGCAGCAGAGCUGUUUUAUUUUUAAUAUGCUGGAAAUAUUUAUCCCAUUUGUCUCCAAACUAUGUCUGAAAUCGCUGUCAGGGGUUCGGCUGGAGAGGCGGCACUAAUUUGACGCCGUCGCUGUUGUGGUCUCACACCUGUCUUGUGGUAUUCUUCUUUUCCUCAGAAAGCUUAUAAUCGGAUUCUGGUGUUGCAGUGAAUCAAUACACUUGUUGAAGAUA